AUGUCAAACGUAACUGAAGGACCUGCCAAGUGCACUUGGAAACCAAACACCACUGAAAAGACUCCACAUACCGUUAGAGUAAAGGAAUCACCAAAGAUUUUAGACAAUAUCUUACAAAACAUUGGUAAUACUCCAUUGGUUAGACUUAACAGAGUUUCAAAGGAUGUCAAGUGUGAAAUGCUUGCAAAAUGUGAAUUCUUUAAUGCUGGUGGAUCAGUAAAGGAUCGUAUUGGAUAUCGUAUGGUAUUGGAUGCUGAAGAGAGUGGAAGAAUCAAGCCAGGAGACACAUUGAUUGAACCAACCUCGGGUAACACUGGUAUUGGUUUGGCUUUGGCAGCUGCCAUCAAGGGAUACAAGAUGAUCAUCACCUUGCCAGAAAAGAUGUCACAAGAAAAGGUCGACAUCCUCAAGGCUCUCGGUGCCACCAUCAUCCGUACACCAACUGAAGCUGCCUUUGACUCUCCGGAGUCGCACAUUGGAGUUGCCAAAAAGUUGAAUGCUGAAAUCCCCAACUCACACAUUUUGGAUCAAUACGCCAACCCAUCCAACCCACUUGCUCACUAUGACGGCACUGCCGAGGAGAUCUUGGCCGCUUGCGAGGGCAAGUUGGACAUGGUUGUCUGCACAGCCGGCACUGGUGGUACUAUCACUGGUAUCGCCCGUAAGAUCAAGGAGCGUUUGCCACACGUCAAGAUUGUUGGUGUCGAUCCACACGGCUCGAUCCUUGCCGUGCCAGAGUCGUUGAACGGACAAAUCAAGAGCUACAAGAUCGAGGGUAUCGGAUACGACUUUAUCCCCAACGUCCUCGAGCGUGACAUCAUCGACGAGUGGGUCAAGACUGACGAUCGCGAGUCCUUUGUCAUGGCCCGUCGUCUCAUCAAGGAGGAGGGUCUCCUCUGCGGUGGCAGUGCCGGUAGUGCUAUGGUCGGUGCCCUCAAGGCUGCCGCCUCGCUCAAGGAAGGUCAACGUUGCGUCGUCCUCUUGGCCGACUCGAUCCGUAACUACAUGUCCAAGCAUCUCAACGACGACUGGAUGGUCGACAAUGGAUUCGUUGACCCAGUCUACGCCGAGACCAAGCAACAAGAAGAGGAAAAGUUCCACGGUGCCACCAUCGCCGAUCUCCACCUCACCAAGCCAAUCGUCGUCACUGCCAACACUACCUGCUCUGAAGCCGUCAAGUUGCUCCAAGAACACGGUUUCGAUCAAUUGCCAGUCAUCUCUGAAAACAAAAAGGCCCUCGGUCUCGUCACCCUCGGUAACCUCUUGUCAUACAUCACCUCUAAGCGUUCUCUCCCAACCGACUCUGUCUCCAAGGUCAUGUUCCGUUUCCACACUAGCGAAAAAUUCAUCCCAAUCAACACUACCACCUCUUUGGCCAGUCUCCAAAAGUUCUUUGAAACUCACAGCUCUGCCAUCGUCAUUGAUAAUGAUGAAAUCUCUUCUGUCGUUACAAAGAUUGAUUUGUUAACUUAUUUAUUAAAGCAUCCAUCAAUUUAA